CCGCAGGUGAUGAUGUAACACGUGCCCGCUUUGUUGAAGUUUCCUGUUUAACAUCAACAACCUAUAAAUACCUAAAAUCCCAGUACUGGUUGAAGAAUCACUCCUACAUCCUCUUACUUCCCAAGGGAAAGAAAAUAAAGGUGAUUGAAGGAUGGAGAAUGGCGCAUCAUCAGAAGGGAAGGACCCUUCUGCCUUCCUGGGUGAGAUAAUUGGCGCACCUGUGACAGUUAAGCUGAAUUCAGGAGUGGUGUACAAAGGUGAACUCCAGUCAGUAGAUGGCUACAUGAACAUCGCCCUGGAGAAGUCCCAAGAAUAUGUUAGUGGGCAGUUGUCACGCAGCUACGGAGAUGCCUUUGUCCGUGGUAACAACGUGUUAUAUAUCGCUGCAAACUGAACUGCAAGCAUUGGUGCGCAGAGCAUUGAACCCAGGAAAAUCACACCACUACUAUCUAGCCGCAUCUUGCAUCUGCUGGCAAUCUUGCAUGGGCGCUUGCCGCAACUUAUAUGGGUGGUCAUAAGGGUUGGGGAGUGGUCAUGGAAUAUGAGCAAACGCGAAGCAGUCUAUCGAACAAUGGACAAACAUGAUACAUGACUAGAAUGUGCUAUGGGGGUCUUCAUCGGCAUUAAAUUCAAGCGAGUUUGGGUUUAAGCAUUUAAACUUCAGUGAAAUCUACAUGUGUGGACUAUAUAAUAAAUUUUUACUCUUCUAAUAAAAUUUUGACCGCACGUACCCCUGGAGCCUGUAUUGGUUCAUUACAG